CGUUGGGAAAGCGUUGCUAGCCAAACAUGCUGAGAUGGGGAAGAUAAACAGAGCACAGCCUCUUUUGACGUUGUUAACAUUAGAAUUGGAUGUGUUAAUGUUGAUAGAAAGUGACAUUAAAUGUCAUAUUCGUUGACGUGAUUUGUACUUCACUGGAGCUGCGUUGCUGAAGGGAAAUCUAAUGCUCGUGUCAACAUGGAUAGUGACCUGAGCCUCCAGGAUAAAAAGGACUUGGACAAGUUCAUCAAGUUCUUUGCCUUGAAGACCGUUCAGGUGAUAGUCCAGGCUCGCCUUGGUGAGAAGAUCUGCACUCGCUCUUCGUCAUCCCCUACUGGGUCUGAUUGGUUUAACUUAGCAAUCAAAGACAUCCCUGAGGUGACUCAUGAAGCCAAGAAAGCACUGGCAGGUCAACUCCCAGGCGUGGGACACUCGAUGUGCGUGGAGAUCUCCCUCAAGACCUCAGAGGGGGACUCGAUGGAAUUAGAGACUUGGUGCCUGGAGAUGAAUGAAAAGUGUGAUAAAGACAUAAAAGUGUCAUACACCGUCUACAACCGACUGUCUGUCCUUCUGAAGUCUCUGCUGGCCAUCACCAGAGUAACACCUGCCUAUAAACUUUCCAGAAAACAGGGACAUGACUAUGUCAUAUUAUACAGGAUCUACUUUGGGGAAGUUCAGAUGAACGGAUUUGGAGAAGGUUUCCAGACGGUGCGUGUUGGUGUUGUGGGCACCCCUGUUGGUACCAUCACGCUUUCCUGUGCUUAUCGCACCAACCUGGCUUUUAUGUCCAACAGGCAGUUUGAGCGAUCUGCCCCUAUCAUGGGGAUCAUUGUGGACCACUUUGUGGAUCCUCCCUGUGGUGGCCAGCGAGCUGCAAACAUGGGUCAGCCCUGCAACUACAGACCACCAGAUGAUGAUGAUGAUGGAGUCCAGUUUUCCGGCGUUCAGGAUUCACAGGAGGUCUGCACGACUUCGUUCUCCACUUCUCCUCCCUCUCAGUGUGUCUGUACACUGAGUCCUUCUCCUUCCAAGCUGUCUAAAGCCCUCCCUCUGGACAGUCCACAGAUCCCAUUGGUUCCUGGACUUGUCACUCACACUCUGUACGCCUCCAGGUUGUGCUACCAGCCUCCUGGAACUCCUGACCUUUGUCGCACUGCUGCCAAUCCAAACCAGACAUUGCAUGCCGGGAAGGAGGAUGGGGUGGUGUUGCAUCCAGCAAAGCCUCACCGUGGUGCAGAUGCCCACCUGACGGUAGAGACGAUCGGCAACACAACUGGGAGCAGCGGCGAUGACGACAUCUUGUCCCAUCCCGGCGAGGGAAGGAGGAGCGCUUCUCCCUCCGACCCGCUCCAGUCUCUUAACGCGUUCACAAGGAAAGUGGGAGCGUUUGUCAAUAAACCCAACGCACAGCUAACUGCCGCCAUGGACUUGCCGUUUGCUGCGUUUGUUCCAAGAGGUUUGGACCCUGAAGACAACGACCCGAUGGUGCACCCUCCAGACUCUCCCACCUGCAUGUCGCCCCUGCAGGCCAGCCUCCACUCGCAGGACUCCGAGGGCUCGGCGCAGCACGACGACUUCGUCAUGGUGGACUUUCGGCCGGCGUUCUCCAAGGACGACUUGUUGCCGAUGGACCUGGGAACUUUCUACCGGGAGUUCCAAAACCCUCCUCAGCUGGCCAGCCUCUCGCUGCACAUCAGUUCUCAGUCCAUGGCCGAUGAUCUGGACUCGCUGCCAGAGAAACUGGCCAUCUACGAGAAAAACAUCGAUGAGUUUGACGCUUUUGUGGAUAUGCUGCAGUAGAAGACGGCAACAAGACGUUUGGAAACUCCACUUGCAGUCGGAAACAUUCAACAGACUUGUAUACAAUCGUAGAAAAUUAACUUCAGUAACUGGCAAAGAAUGAUGUCAAACGCAACGGUGAGUCACUGUAAAUAAUAGAAACACUGGUCCUGCUUCAAGUAUUCACUUUUAAACACUCAAAGCCAUUUCACCAUGACGUGUCUGCUGGCAUGAACAAAAAAAACUUGCACACAUGCAUUAUAUGCUGAGUCUAAAGUAAAAACACAAACAGUUCUCAGCUGGUCUGAGGAUAUCGCUUGCAAACAGCCCAAGACUUAUUUGAAGUGUAUAUAAUGUGUUGUAAAUACACAGCCGCCCUAAAGGAAGUGUGUAGGCCGCUGUGAGUUGCUUUAACCCUCAGUCCCAUGCUUGUAAACACAAAAAGUGCUGUUUUUCGAGUCGUACGUCAAUAUUUUUACGCUUCACAUUGCUGCCAAACAUUCAAUCAUUUAUAGGACCUUAAAGCAUUAAAUGUCCGUUCAUGUGAAGCUUGGCAUUAUUUAUUGCAAAAGACGCAAGGGUAGUUAUUUUCCAUAUAAUAAAUUAUUCGGGCGGAUAUGUCACCUUUGUGUCAAAAAAAGCAGCAUUGACUUCCAUUAAAAAUACUUUGUUUCGUCCAAAAA